AUGUUGAAGCUCAAGCAGUUCAUUGAAAACUGUGUCGACAGCUCCCCAACUGUCGACAAACCCCCCGAGAAAAUCGUCAAGUCGAAAUUCGCCGACCUCUCACCUAGCAACAGGAUGGGAGUGAUCUCAACCUUGAAGAUAGAGUGGCCUAAGAUAGAUGUAAUGAAAUGUGUGGUCGAGACUGUUGAUCGCUGGCUGAAGCGCAAGACCAAAAACACAAGCAAUAUCGCCUUCUUCGAUCGAAAAUGGAACGGACGUCGGAAUUGGGCACCGGCUCCAUGGUUCAACCCCUGGCAUGGAGAUGGAAUGGGGGAGAACAUCGUCACCCCGAUCAUCACUGCUACCAAGAUUGCUCUGUGGCAUGGAAUUCCCCUACAACCUCUUUGGCAACCAGGUGACGAGCUGUUUGAGGCCGUGAGCAAUGGUCUACUGAUCAAUAAAGCACGCGCCUAA